CAGCUAGGUUUUCUGAGAGAGGGGAGGAGGGAGAGAGCAUAAAAGAGCUCGCUUUGAGGCGCGUACCCGUUUCUCUCUCUCUCUCUCUCUCUCUCUACUAUAUCUAUUCUUUCCUUAUUUCCCAGGUCCUUUGCCUUUUCAACCUUCCAUUUUUGCCAUAAUGAGCAACCCAAAGGAUAAUUUCAGUGUUGCCGAUCUCAGUGCUGCUUUGAAUGCCGGGGAUCGAGCAGACCUUGUUAAUGUACUCAAAAAUAAACUUCAGGAUCUUACUGGGAAGCACACAGACGUGCUUGAAAAUCUGUCGCCCAAUGUGAGGAAACGUGUUGAGCGUCUGAGGGAGAUUCAGACUCAACAUGAUGACUUGGAGGCAAAAUUUUUUGAAGAGAGAGCUGCACUUGAAGCCAAAUACCAGAAGUUGUAUCAACCACUAUACACAAAGAGAUUUGAAAUUGUGACUGGGGUUGUUGAAGUCGAAGGGGCAACAACUGAGGCUACAGCAGAAAACCAGCAAGCGGAUAAAGAUGCAGUGGAGAAAGGAGUCCCUGAUUUUUGGCUCACUGCUAUGAAGAAUAACGAAGUGCUAGCUGAGGAGAUUACCGAGCGAGAUGAAGAAGCUCUCAAAUUCCUUAGGGAUAUAAAGUGGUCCAAGAUUGAUGAUCCAAAGGGUUUCAAGCUUGAAUUUUUCUUCGAGACUAAUCCUUACUUCAAAAACACCGUUCUGUCUAAAACAUAUCACAUGAUUGAUGAAGAUGAACCAAUUCUGGAGAAAGCAAUCGGGACUGAGAUAGAGUGGUAUCCAGGAAAAUGCUUGACACAGAAGAUUCUAAAAAAGAAGCCAAAGAAGGGGUCAAAGAAUGCCAAGCCUAUCACAAAAACUGAACAAUGUGAAAGUUUCUUCAACUUCUUUAGUCCACCUCAAGUUCCAGAGGAUGAAGAAGAUAUCGAUGAAGAUGCUGCUGAAGAACUUCAGAAUUUGAUGGAACAAGACUAUGAUGUUGGGUCAACAAUUCGAGAUAAAAUCAUUCCACAUGCUGUCUCAUGGUUCACUGGGGAUGCUGCAGAGGAUGAUUAUGCUGACUUGGAAGAUGAUGAAGACGAAGAUGAUGAUGAUGAUGAAGAGAAUGAUGAAGAAGACGAAGAUGAGGAGGAUGAAGAUGAUGAUGAGGACGAAGAGGAGCAAGAAGAAGAGACCAAGACCAAGACCAAGAAGAAGUCAUCUGCUGCCCGCAAGGUAUGAUCUAUGAUCUCAUGUAAGAGCACCUGCAGGAGAUGGUCAGUCUGGUGAGAGGCCACCAGAAUGCAAGCAACAGUAGCUUCUUAUUGAAGAGUGGUUCAAUGUGAUAGCGUCUUGAAAUUUGGACGAGAGUGAGAAGUUUGUGCAAUUUGGUGGGUUGGCUUGUUAUAUAUGGAGUUAUGCUAGAACAAUAUGUUAGAACCAUUUUUCUUCCUUUCAAUAUUGUCUUCUAUUUGUUCCCGGUCUUUUGUGGCCUCUUUUUUUGUUCAAUGUUUGGGGGAGAUAGAAUGUGAUGAGAAUAGCGGGACAUGUUUUGUGAUUCGUUAAAUUUUCUUUGAUUUGGUUUAA